CGUAAGUACUAAAAAUCAACAACUUAUCUCAGUAACUUACAUAAACUUACAGGGAAAACAUAAAACUGAGUCACUGACUGCCAAGCAAGCAUUUUCGGAAAGAAAUGGCGAAUUAUUUUUGCUCACACAAUCCAAAAUUCUAUCAGGUAAAUGGUAGCAAGAGCAAAACACAGGUCUUCAAAACGUUGGAUAGAUAAGCCCAUGACAUUUCUGUGUAGGUACAUAUAUAUUCAGAUAGUAUUGUUAUCUGUUAACAGGGCCUUUCAGCAACAAAACAUAAACAGUUUGAAAGCCACAGGGCAAGAACAUUGUAAGGAUAUUCAAAGAUGGGUGUACCAGUAAAAACCAUGGAUUUCGACCAACUCAUCAAGAAAUACAUCGGAGAAAUGGGACUUUAUCAAGCAUGGGUACUAUUCUUGAUGGGUUCCUUGGGCGUAGGGAUAUGUUACGCUAAUGUAAGUAUCGUGUUCUUAGCAGCUGUUCCCGUUCACAGCUGUCUCAUUCCCGAACUCACAUCUGCAAAUCUCUCCCGUGAUGUCAUAAAUCGUGUCGGUGUCCCUCUGACGGAGGAAGGAGACUAUGCAACAUGUCAAAAAUAUGACAGGAAUUAUACAUAUGUAUCCAAGGAAUUGCUGAAACAAUGGAUGAAUGAAACAAGGAACGGCACAGAAAUUAAGACAGUACCAUGUGAAGCUUUCUACUACGAUACUUCACAAUAUACAUCAAGCAUCGUCUCCCAGUGGGAGUUAGUAUGUGGGAGAAAAUGGAUGAUCGCUCUAGUACAGUCCAUAUAUAUGGGAGGUAUCCUGGUAGGUGCAGUUGCUGGAGGCCAAUUGUCAGACAGAUUUGGUAGACGCCCCACGCUAUGCAUCUGUAUUGUAUUAACAGUGAUCGCAUCCUAUGUGGUAGCAUUCUCACCCAAUUUCAUCAUCUUCGCCAUCCUUAGAUUUUGCCUAGCAACAUUCAGCAUGGGCGCAUAUACAGUUGCAUUUGUCGUUAACAUGGAGAUAGUUGGUCCCUCUUGGAGGAACACAGCGGGGUUUCUGAUGCAGCAUACAUGGGCACUUGGCUACCUUGUGUUGUCUGGUAUCGCAUACGGGGUUCGUGAUUGGGUUACUCUGCAGCUUGUCUUGUCUGGACCAAUGACGCUAUACUUGCUGCUUAUUUUCGUUGCCCCGGAAUCUCCAAGAUGGCUGUAUGCCAACAAUCAGUUCGCCAAGGCAGAUGCGAUCGUGAAGAAGAUCGUAAAAUGGAAUAAGGUCCACAUUCCACAAGAUUUCACAAUCGAGAAUAAGUUGAAUGACGAUGAGAAGAGAAGGUAUUUCAUUGAUCUUGUACGCACACCAGUCUUACGAAAGAGGGCGCUGAUCAUGUUUUAUUCGUGGUUCGUGUGUAGCAUGGUGUACUAUGGCAUUUCUCUUAAUACAUCUAGCCUUGGUGGCGACCCCUAUAUUAACUUCCUUAUAUCAGGAGCCAUUGAAGUCCCAGCCUAUGGCAUGGCACAAUUUUUUUUCUGGAAGCUUGGAAGACGAUACCCCCUGUGCGGGGUUUUAUUAGUUGGCGGUGUUGCGUUACUUUGCAUGAUGGCCGUGCCUAAAGAGAUGGUAGCUCUGAAUAUCACACUGUCAAUGGUGGGAAAGUUGAUGUUAUCUGCAGGAUUCGGCAUGGUUUACAACUACGCUGCUGAGAUCUUCCCGACUCAAAUCCGUAACAUUGGCGUGGGGACAUCAUCCAUGUUUGCUCGUAUAGGUGGAAUUGUGGCCCCAUAUAUAGGCCUCUUGCAAAACUUCAACAGAGUUAUUCCAACGGUGAUAUUUGGUGCCCUGGCACUAUUAGCAGGUGUUUUAGUGCUUCUUCUGCCUGAGACAAGAGACAGAGAUCUACCAGAGACUAUAGAUGAUGCGGAGAAUUUUGCAAAGUUUAAAACUGAUUACGAAAUUGAAAAACACAGACAUGAAAAUAAUGAAUUCGCUGUACCAUUGCAAGCUGUACGUAGCUGAUUUGUUCAAUCCACACCCUUGAGAAGAUUGGUACCUU